AUGUCACUUUUGGGCCUUGUGGUGACGGCAUCCCAAUGCCACGGAAAGCUUGCGACAAUAACACUUUGCAAUGAGCUGAGGCUACUUGCUCUGGUAAUGAUAGUGUCCCUACUGUUCGUUUGGCUGACACCCAUCUCUGCCCAAGCAACAUGGCAUUUCAACAACACUCACACUCACUUGUACAGCAAGCAUCACAUAGACUCCAACACAGUCGACAACUUGACAGUGCUGAUCGCCGCUACGGAUCGCCCUGUUCCCUGCAGUCCCGCGCAUCCUACGGUGCCUACGUGCUCGCUUCUCCUCACUUACACGCACAGCUCUCCAGCUUUCGUCCACCAUGAAACCCCCCAAUCUCGCGGGCCUAGCCACCGUCUGCACAUCAUGUCGCACUCUCUCCCUUUCUGCGCAGUACCUCUCCGCCGAGGGAAUACAACGUCAAAACUCACAAGUCACUUGUAA